AUGUGUUCCAGCGAUGACAGAUAUUUGGAACAUGAGGUCUGGUCAGAUCACCACCAAAGUAUCUCUAAUAUACAAAUACCUGAGCAUGUACAAUCUGCCGAGAAGCCUUUCGAGUGCGGGAUGUGCUUCAAGUGCUUCUCAUUCAAGACUAAGAUUAAAGAGCACAUGCUAAUCCACACUGGGAAGAGACCGUUUCAGUGUGAGGUGUGCAGAAAAGGCUUCCGUCUGAACAGUAACCUGAAACAGCACAUGUUGGUCCACACUGGAGUCAGGGAUUUCAAAUGUGACGUGUGCGGGAAAUACUUCGUACGCCGUGCCAACUUGAAACAGCAUAUGUUAACUCACAGUGACGACAGGCCUUUCAGAUGUGAUGUGUGUGCAAAAUCGUUCUUCUUAGUUGCCCAUUUGAGGCAGCACGUGUUUAGUCACACAGGCGAAAAGCCUUUUGAAUGUGAGGUGUGCGGAAAUCGCUUCGCUCGCAAGGCCUACUUGAAAGAGCAUGUUUUUAUCCACACCGGUGUUAAGCCUUUUAAAUGUGAGAUAUCCCAUCCUGAGUUGACGAGACCAGCCCUGCGGGAACCGUCGACCACCGAGAGGGACCGACUCAACACCGCGGUGUGUGAGACACCCCACGACGACCCUCCAUCGCCGACCGUCACGUGGCCAGGCAGAACUGGCCGGUAUAGCCAGUCAGCACGCCAGACCCGAUCAGCCGCCGUUGGCAAGAGGAAGGCAACAUCACCGACCAACCAGCCAGCCAAGACCGAGAGACCAGCGCCGGUAGUCGCCGGUAGUCCCCCCCCCCCCCCCCCCCCUGAAGAGUCCGAGUGGACCGUCGCAGUGAGCGGACUGAAGAAACACCUUCAUCAGUACAUUCAGGGGGACACGACAGUCCCGACCAAGCUCCGUGGCAGUUACCUCAACGCUGACUGGAGACCCCUGGAGGACGGCAGCGAGUACGAACUUCACAGCAAGAUGUUCGGUACUCACCACACCGUAGUCGUGACGCACCGGAGGGAGCAGACCUAUACACAGGCCAUACUUUCGAACAAGUUGGACAACCGGAAUCUACGUAAGAUGAUCCGAGCGGUCUGCGGCCCCGACUACGGCUAUGACCCAGGCCUCAAAUCUGCCAUAGGCCUGUCUACUGACGAGUGUUCACCGUAUGACCCAGGCCUCAAAUCUGCCAUAGGCCUGUCUACUGACGAGUGUUCACCGUAUGGCCCAGGCCUCAAAUCUCCCAUAGGCCUGUCUACUGACGAGUGUUCACCGUAUGGCCCAGGCCUCAAAUCUCCCAUAGGCCUGUCUACUGACGAGUGUUGA